GCUGUCUGCUACUUAGUUUUUGCCCUGCAGUCAGCUUUGUCUGCCUUUAGAGGAAACACUGCCUGCAGGCAACUAAACCACCACAAAGCCCAAAACCCAGGGAGAUUGCUAGUCUGCAGGCAUCAGGUUCACAAUCAUGCCUGGCAGCACUGCAGGCAAGAAGCUUGAUCUUUCCAAGCUCACAGAUGAGGAGGCUCAGCAUGUGUGGGAAGUUGUCCAGAGAGAUUUUGAUCUGAGGAAGAAGGAAGAGGACAGGCUUGGGGAUCUAAAGACCAAGGUUGAGAGGGAAGAUACCAAGAAAGAGUUGCUGGGGAACCAGACCAGCCUGACUGAGUCUCAUUGCAUUCGAUGUCUCCAGCCUUUUAAAUUCCUGCUUAACAACAAGCAUCAGUGCCUGGACUGCCAGCUCUACAUCUGCAAGUCCUGCGGCCGCUAUAACAAGAAGGAGGAUGGCUGGGUGUGUGACACCUGUCACAUGACCAGAGUACUCAAGAUCGGUACUUUGGAAUGGUACCAUGAGAACGUCCGUGCCCGUUUCAAGCGCUUCGGCAGCGCCAAGGUGAUGCGUUCCCUCUUCAGGAGGUUCGACGGAGAAGGCAGCCGCUCUCAGAGUGACUUAGGAGAGCCUCGUGAGUAUGACACACAGAGCAUGCCUGAGGUCCACAGUGCAUAUGGGGAGCACAGUAUGGAUGCAACAGACUCACAACAACACCAAAGGAUGAAAAAGGUCAAAAGGAGGUUAACUGUUGAUCCCAUUGAUUUCAAACUGGACGUUGACUACCUCAGCCAAUCAAGAGGACCCUCAAAUGAGGAGCCGGGUGAUCGUGACAUCAUGGUCAUGGAUGUAGGCGGGAGGAAGUCGAUGCUUGCUGAGGCAGAUAUGGCCACCGUGUUUCAUCAGAUCAUGGAUGAACAACAUAAAGAGCUGGACCUUGAAGUAACUCCACAACAAGAUGACCUGGUGUACUCAGAUAGCCGGACAAUCCCAUCCCGCUCCAUCUCCCGGCUCAGCUACUCCUCGUGUGGCAGCGGCAGCAUCGGAGGCCCUCGAUGCAGCAGCAGCGUCUACCUGCCUGGCCUUGAGGACUCAGAAGAAGAAGAGGAUGAGCACUGCCAGCCGUACCCACUCUACCAGUUGCAUUCAGGCCUCUGCCGCCAAACAUCUCAGGACAGCCUGAGCUCAGCCAACCAUCCGCCACAGAUCACUGACAUUAACAGACGGAUGUCAGCAAUUGAGACUCUUCUGAACCGCUUGGAGCAGAAAGUCACCUCAACAUAUGACCAGACUUCUCCCACUCCCAGCAGCACCUCUCCUCUUCCUCAGUGGAACGAAGUGGACCUGGAAGAGCAGCAGCUAAGACAGAGGUUGCACGAGAUGACAGACAAUAUCAGUGACCAUAGCCUGACCUCUGAUGAUGAGGACGAGCCCGAGAGACCACAUUCCUCCCAAGAAAUCCUAGCAUGGAGGAGCCCACAGGCGGAUCCAAGGCCUUCCAAACUACCUAUCAGACCAACAUCCAGAGCCAGCAUCGUGGUCUCCAGGCUCGAGGAGGAGCAGCCUCAGCAGACAGAAUCUCUGAAGGCUAAUGACUCCUCUGAAAGCCUGGAGAGGAAGGGUCACCCCCUAGAGGAGGGAUCAAAGGCAAGCUUCAAAGGAUCAACUGCAUUACUGGUUGAACUGGAAGACAAAGUAGCUCAAGCAGCAGCUAAUGUCCAGAAUGCCCAGAGUGAGGUGUCUGACAUCGAGAGCAGGAUUGCUGCCCUGAACGCUGCCGGCAUGUCCUCGGAUAAAAAAAGAAAGUCCGCAAUCCCGAUCCAAGCCAGACUUUCCUACAACUUUCCCACAAACCAGGUGGACAGGUUUACCAGGAACUCCCUCUACAGGGGCUCACUGACACAGAGGAACCCAGUGGCAAAGGCCAAGACCAGGGCUGCCUGUGCGAAACCAGUAAUGACCCAGGGCUCAUGAGGAGGAGGCUGAGUGUUAUCUGACUGACAAGUCUUUCAGUUAUUACAUAAUGCUUUACACACUGGAACUGAGCAGCAAAACAUGAACUAUUCACAAAAGGCGUGUUUUUGUUCUUUGAAACAAAUGCAUUUGAACUGACACGUGGCAACCAACAAACGGAGAUCAGAGAUCAAUCAGUUAUCUUUUCCUGAACAUAGUGCAGUAGUUUAUGUUGCCUAGACAUAACAAUGUAGUUUUGGAAAUUUAACCAGAAUCCAAAUUAAAUCCCUUUAAAGCUGGAGAAACAUGACUUUGUGUACAUAUGAAUAAGAAUCUUAAAUAUGAUAUCAGACUGAUGAAAAAUCUUGUUCAUGAAAUUCAUGUGCGGUUACACGGAAGUAUAUAAAAUUUCAUGAGGAACUUAGAAAUUGCCGUACGACUAUGUUGGUUUAGGUUUCCCACAUAAAUUGCAGAACUUGUCAAAUGAGCAGUGGAACAGUGGGUCUUCUAAUCUUCUUACAUUUAUCUUUAAAAGGUGUGUUUUUGAUAUUGCUGUUGUUUUACAGGGCUAAAUCCAUAAAGUAUGUUACACGUGACAUGCACUAACAUCUGCCUCUAAGUAUAAACAUUUACAGAAUUUGUAUACACUAACAUGCAAGUUAACACAUGCAUUUGCCUUAAUGCGCAAAAGCACUGAUUGUACUAAUCUGGAAUUUAUAACUGGCUAAUUCAUCGUUGUGGAUAAACCGAAAUAUGCAUUGCGUGCUUUAAAUGCAGUUUCAGCAAACAGAAUCAAGCCAGUGAAAAAGAGGUGCAAAUCCGAACUGUAAAUCAGUUUGAAUUAGUCUGAAAUUUUCACACACAAAAAAACAUAUAGAUAAAUGUAUAUUUUUUAUAUAUUUUUUAAAAGUUCUAUUAUUAAUAAUCUACGGUGUGUUGGAAAGUUUAAUUGAUUGUAAAAUUAAACUGAUGUCACAGUGAGAAGAGCAGGUCUGAUGUGAUUGUUUUAUAAUAUAUGACAUUUAUGUAAGUUAAUGAAUAAAAUGUAUACGGAAUAUAUAGAAGUACACACUGUAUGCAUUAUGGUGUUGGAAAAUAUUUUUAUAUUGGAUUAAUAAAUCAUGCACAUUCAUUUUUAACUAAA